CGUCGACGUGUCAUUCGGAUGCACGUUUAAUCAGAACUUGUAAAAGCAACUACUCUCAAAAAAUUUCGCAACGUUUCAAAUCUCUGUGAAUGAAGGAACAGUUCAUUCAGAAGUACCAAAAACUUUCUAAUUUUUAUUCGUGCGCCGAACAUCCGAAUCGUAAGGAAUUCGUAAACAGAACGAGUAUGAAUCACCAGGAAAUUAUAAAUAGUAAACAAUUAUAAAUAAUCGCAUAAUUAUAAACAGCGUAAAUUACACCUUUUGUAAACAUAAAUACUAUAAAUAAUUGUGAUAUUCGUAAAUCUGUGCACAAAAUUGAAAUCUAUAAAUCAGAUUAUUGUGACAUUCGCAAAUUUGUGAUUGAAUCGUAAAUCUAUGAACAGCAAGUUUAAUUAAAAUACAUAAAAUAUGUUGAAAGACGAAGAGAACGAAAUCAGUGAUUACUUUGCCGCGAAUUUCUCGCAGCUGCAACGUGCAAUUAGCCCGCAAGAGAUGAAGAAGUUCAGAUCACUGGAUAACAAUUCGGAUAGGAUUGCUUUUUUGUUGGGAUACCCAGAGACCCACCUUCUGUCCCUUGAAGUGAUGGAAGCGAUGUUGAAGAGCAGUGAGAAAGCUCUGCAACUUAAAGAUGUCGGUAACAAGUAUUUUGGACGUGGGGAAUUUGUGAAGGCACUGGAAACUUAUUCGAAUGCUGUUCUUCUGGCACCUAAAGAAGAUUUGGGCGUAAUACUGGCAAAUCGUUCAGCAACGCUCUACCAUCUUGAAAAGCACCGCGAAGCUCUGACGGACGUAGAAGAAGCUAUACGAGUUGGUUAUCCAAAAGAACUGCUCUACAAACUAGAAGAAAGACGAGCCAGAUGUUUGCUCGGUUUAAAAAGACACGACGAAGCAAUAGUAGCAUUUAGAAAAGCUUUGAAAUCUCUAGACGACGCGAAGUUACCCUUCGAGAAGAAGCAGAAGCUGGAGGCUGAUAUGAGGGUGAUGCUCGCUGUGAUGGAGAAGGGUAAUCAAAUCGCGCAGAAGUCGAACAAGAUGAACCUGAAGAAGGAUAAAAUUGAUGGAUCUAAGAGAUCGUGUCCGAAGAUCGAGGAUGGCAAUCCUUUGUUUCUGUCUUGUAGUAAAGCUGUUACUAUAAGAAACGACGGUGGCGAUAUAGGGAGACACGCUGUCGCUACUAGGAACAUCGAGCCUGGUGAAAUACUUGUGGUAGAGAAACCACAUUGUUCGUUUAUAUUGGCGGAAUACAGGCUUACUCACUGUCAUCUCUGCAUGAACAAGAUAUUCGUACCAAUACCAUCCAAAUGUCAAGUAUGCAGUUACCUAGCGUAUUGCAGUACUUCCUGCAGAGAUGCAGACGCAAAAAUCCACGAAAGCGAAUGCGCAGUGUUACCUAGUUUGUGGAUGUCGAAAACAUCUGUCACGUGUUUCUUAGCUUUAAGGGCGAUCACCCAGCGAUCCUUCGAAGAAUUCAUUAAAUUAAAGGAUAAGUUAAAAUCUACGAAGGGUAGAUUCGAAAUUACUCAGCAAAGGCCUUACCGAUCUGACGAUUUCGAAGCCUAUUAUGGUUUAGUGACUCACGAAGACGAAAGAACUGAUGAAGACAUGCUUCACAGAACGUACAUAGCCGUCUGGUUAUUGAGGCUAUUGAAAUUAAGUCGAUAUUUCCCUGAAAAUGUGAAAACUCCGGAUACAGCCGAAGCGAAACCAUCUGAAGAUGAAUUAUUUAUAGGAAGUUUAAUUUUACAUGGUUUAAUGUUACUGCAAUUCAAUGCUCAUGAGAUAUCAGAAUUAACAAUACCAAGAGGCGAAAAAACCUUAGCAAAAGCUAAAAGCACCUUCAUAGGCGGUGGUCUCUUCCCGACAAUAGCGUUAUUUAACCAUUCAUGUAAUCCUGGUGUCAUCAGAUAUUUUAUCGGAACUACUAUGGUUGUACGAGCGAUCCGUUCAAUCGCGGCGGGAGAAGAAAUAUCAGAAAAUUAUGGUCCAAUUUUUACCAUGUCCCCUGAAGCUGAACGGAAAAGGACUCUGAGAUGGCAAUAUUGGUUCGACUGUAAUUGUGAAGCUUGCGUCGGUCAUUGGCCCCUUUUGGACGACAUCGACCCAACAAUUCUAAGAUUCAAAUGUGACACUGGACGAGAAUGUGGAAACAUUCUACCCGUGAAAACCGAUACGAACGAGUUCAUGAUCAGAUGUCCGAAGUGUGGGAAAAAUACAAACAUUUUGAAAGGUUUAAAGGCAUUGCAGGAUACCGAUUCACUUUUCAGAGUUGCCUCUAACAAUCUAGAAGAUGGAAAACAUGUGGAAGCAUUAAGCUCUUAUUUGAAGAUUCUGAAACUUCUGGAUGAAACCCUCGCUUUGCCUAUCAGAGACUAUCACGUUUGUCAACAGGGUGUUCGAUUAUGUACGCUUGCCCUGGGAAACUGCAGUUAUGUUUGAGUAUAUAUUACCAUCAAAUGCAUGAACUGAAAAAUAAAAAACUGCA